GGCGAAGGGGCGUGGCGUACUGCUCGGUGGCUCCGCUUCCGGAUUUGCUUGCGGUUGCCAGGGGAGGCCUGGGCCGCGGCAUAGCAACGAAAGCGGAGAGACGCCGUUGGAGUGAACGAUCGAUGCGGUGUGCACGGGGCUCCGGUAUACAGUGAGUGCUGCAACGGUAAAGGAAAAAAAGGAAUGGCAGAUCCUGGAGAAGGCAAGAAGGAUGAGGCGGAUUACAAGAGGAUGCAUAGCUUUCCUUUAAUACGGCACACGGACAUGCCAGAAGAAAUGCGUGUAGAAACCAUGGAGCUUUGUGUUACAGCCUGUGAAAAGUUUGCAAGUAAUAACGAGAGUGCAGCAAAGAUGAUAAAAGAGACUAUGGACAAGAAGUUUGGCUCAUCGUGGCAUGUAGUGAUUGGAGAGGGUUUUGGUUUUGAGAUCACACAUGAAGUAAAAAACCUUCUCUACAUGUUCUUUGGGGGAAGUCUGGCUAUUUGUGUCUGGAAGUGCUCAUGAGGGAUCCAACACAAGACACGAUCUCUCCACUUCUUACCUUCUACUCAGGAUGUGCUGCUACAAAGCCUCGCUCAGGAAAGAGUCUUUUGCUGGGCUCUCUAUCAUUUGGGGUGUCAGGAUUUCUCUUCUUAACUCACUGGGAACCAGAGGGGUUUGCAAUAGAUUUGCAUGCACCUCUGACUUGAAAUUAAAAAGAAGGUGAUUGGUUUGGCUCUUGCAAUACAUAUGUAAGUAUAUUCUUCUGAGCCUAGGAAUAGUCUGUUACACCAAAUGAAGAAAAUGGACUGCUGUCAGUUUGCUUUUCCUAUGCUCUGACCCUCAGAGGCUUUUGUAACCAGUAAAAAUGUAUGCACAGGGUUUUACUGUCGUACUGGCACCGCAGCUCUGGUUUCCCAAAUACAUUUUGUGUUCACUGUCACUUUGGCACCUUCUUUUCCCUCUCUGAUUCAAAAAAUAUCAAAUUCAUAAUUGGUUUCCUUGUUGCUUUGCCUUCCUGCUAUUCUCUAUAUCACACAUUCUCUUAUGUAUGAGUCAUUUUACCCUCUCUCCUUAACAAGUGGACUCACAAUCUCUCUGCAGAGAAAUAUGUUUUGUUUUUAGUUCAGUUUAUUGUUUUCCCUAUACACCCACAUAGGUUUGUGCAAUUAAAAAGAACCUGUUAUCAGGGCAACCGCAAACUUCUAGCAUGCUAACAAAUAAAAUCUAUAUGUCGUAUUCUCAGAAUUAGUUGACUGACACUAUACGUGGAUUGGCUUCAUUGGUGGAGGUUGAUUUAUUUGUAGUAGUUGACUUUUGGGGGUCUUCGCUCAGAGGAACUUGAAAUUUUGAAACUUGUUUUAAUGUUGUAUAGAUUAGCUAACAAUUCUCUGAGUACAAUAUUUAGAGCCGUUUCAAGAUAUUUUUCUGCAUUUUUCUAAAUUAUAUAUACAGUAUAUGCAUAUACAUAUUCAUGUGACUUAGUUGCUAGACUUUUUCCGUGCUUGUUCACAUGUAAAUUAUUUCUAUUUCGCUAUUGCUUUUGUUUCCCAUUUCUCACUUUCUGGCUGCAUAUCAUUCCAUCUAGCUUCCUUUUUGUCCAUUUGACGUAGAUGUGCAUCAUAGACUCUCCACAAGCCAUAAAUAAUAGAUCAGGAGAUUUAGGAUACCACAGAGAAGCCUGCCAGCUACUAGUCCUUAAUUCCUCUUGUUCAGUGGCAGAAACGUGAAGACAUGUUUCUUGGAAGGAUUUUAUACUCUGCUGGAACUUCAAGUAUGAUGUUUUUUUAUGUUAAAUCUGGUUGUACAAUGGUUGAUGCUCUACUUGUCAUUAAUAAACUUUCUUGGAUUUUUUUAAAGAAAAUAA